UCAUCUCGAGAAGACUAUCAGACUCUCUCGAAAAACCUUAGCGAUUUCUUCAAUGUUUCUCAAUUGUCUCUACGAUUUGUGUUCCGUGAAGAAGGAGUGCCACCACCUCCUCCUCACUAGAACCAUCGCUGAUAUAGUAAAACGAUUGAAGGACUCCUCCACCGAUACCGGAGUUAGGGAUGCUUGUGUGGAUACGAUUGGCGCCUUGUCAAGGAUUUAUCUCAAUAGUGAUGAUGCUGUGGUGGCACUGUUUGUUGAGCCAUUGUUCGAGGCAAUGAGAGAGAGGAGAAAAUGGGUACAAUCUGGAGCUGCAAUGUGUAUGGCUAAGAUGGUGCAAUCAGCGGCCACUCCUCCAAUUUCUUCUUUCCAAAAGCUUUGCCCUAGAAUCUGCGAGCUUCUGAGCAAUCCUUGUUUCUUGGCUGAGGCUUCCCUUUUGCUUGUUGUUUCAAGCCUGUCUCAGGUGGGAGCCAUUGCGCCUCAGAGCUUGGAUUCUCUGCUAGAACGCAUCCAUGCUUGUCUUGCAAGUACAUGUUGGGAAACACGAAAGGCUGCGGCUGAUACGUUGACUGCAUUGGCAUCACAUUCCAGCUCUUUGAUUUACGACAAAACAGAUUUCACCCUUGCCGUGCUUGAGAACCGUGUCUAUGAAAAGAUAAAAGCUGUUAGGGAAAGUGUGACUGAGGCGCUGCAGUUAUGGAAAAACAUUUCCGGAAAAUGUGUUGAUGGUGCCUCAGAUGAUUCAAAGAUUGCAUCUGGUGAUCUUCUUGGAUCAGAGAAGAAUGGGAAACAAAGGUCUGAUCUUGCUCAUCUAAUGAAAAAGGAGUCAUCCGAUGGUUCCACACUCUCACCAGACUCUCCUACUAAAGAAAAAGGAGGCCUUGCUGAUACAGAAGCAGUAGUAAUAUUGAAGAACAAAGCACCUGCCUCAAGUAACACAGCAUAUUUCCAAAGACUAGUAAAAAGCCAUUCUGUAUCUGAAGGCUCCUCCUCUAGUAAUAGAGGACACUGGCUAGCCGUCCAGAAGCAGCUGUUGGAGCUAGAGAGAAAACAGAAUUAUUUUAUGUACCUGCUCCAAGAGUUUGUUGGUGUCUCACAUGAUAGUACGGUGGCUGUAGAGGGCAAGGCAACAGAUCUUUCGAUAUCAUCAGGUCGAAAGGGUAAUCUCACAGCUGGAUCUGGCAAAAAUGAUAAUAAUGUUGCUAACUAUCCUACUGGUAAGUAUAAUGGCCGAGCUCCAGGAGACAGAGGCUCACAACCUGAUGGAGCUACACGAGAGACAAGCCAUGUUGCUUAAGUGAUUAUUUUUACAAGAUUUGUACAAGAUUUGUGCCUGCGCGUUGCGCGAGAUUUUAAUUUAAA